CUCUGCAAGAAAAGCCACGGGAGUGUUACCUGUAACCCCGAGGGUGUUAAACCUGCGGUAUUCUGACCGAGUUCGGCUACUAACAUAUACGCAGAUCGAGUAUAGCGAGGCUGUGUGAAUCGGCCAGUCUUGUUGUGCACUGUGCACCCCCUCUCUGUUGAAGUGGUUUGCUCCGGUCGGUGUGGUUUGCUCCCGGGGGUUUAUUUUGAAUAUUCUGAGUGAACAUGAGUAACAUCUACAUCCAGGAGCCGCCUACAAACGGCAAGGUUUUGUUAAAAACAACUGCUGGAGAUAUUGACAUUGAGCUGUGGUCCAAAGAGGCACCAAAAGCAUGCAGAAACUUUGUGCAGCUUUGUUUAGAAGGUUAUUACGAAAACACAAUAUUUCACAGAGUUGUACCAGAUUUUAUAAUUCAAGGAGGUGAUCCAACUGGCACUGGUUCUGGAGGAGAAUCUAUUUAUGGAAAACCUUUUAGGGAUGAAUUCCAUUCACGUCUCAGGUUUAAUCGACGAGGAUUGGUUGCCAUGGCAAAUGCUGGACCACACGAUAAUGGAAGCCAAUUUUUCUUUACCCUGGGACGUGCUGAUGAGCUAAACAGCAAACAUACUAUCUUUGGAAAGGUGACUGGGGACACCAUCUACAAUAUAUUGAGGCUGACAGAAGUUGAUAUUGGCGAAGAUGAGAGACCUGUAAACCCACACAAGAUAAAAACAUGUGAAAUAUUAUUUAAUCCAUUUGAUGACAUCAUUCCCAGAGUAAUUAGGAAGGCCAAAAAUGAUAAACAAGAAGAUGAAAACAAAAAGCCCAAAGUCAAAGGAACAAAAAACUUCAAUUUACUGUCUUUUGGAGAAGAGGCAGAAGAAGAGGAGGUAGAAGUAAAUAAAGUUAGUGAGACAAUGAAAGGAAAAAGUAAAAGUAGCCACGAUCUCCUUAAGGACGACCCACGUCUGAGUUCAGUUCCAGCAAUAGACAGGACCCAAGGCAGUUCAGGAUCCAGCAGUGACUCCGAGGAGGAAGACGGGAGCGAUGAAGAUGAAAUGGAUAGUGAUGAGAAGCAGCAGAUGAAAGAUCGUAUAUCCAGCAAACUGAAGAAGGACUCAAGCAAAAGCAAAAAUCUGUCUCUUCAAUCGACAGAAGAUAAACCUGAAAAGAAACAUAGCCGGAGUGAAGAGCUACGCAAAGAAGCACGUCUGUUAAAACGAGAACUAAAAGCUGCAAAACAGAAAAAGGAAGAUGAUGCCAAAGAAAUAAAACCAAAAGAUGUUGAGAAAAAAGCUGCUGACAUUGCUGUUGAAGAAUAUAUUAAAGAAAAAGAAAAGUAUGAAGAUCUCAAAAAGAAAAACACAAAGAAGGGGUCAUCUAGGGAGGAACAGACGUUGGCUUUGUUGAACAGUUUUAAAUCAAAGUUAACACAAGCUAUUUCUGAAACACCGGAAGAAAUGGAGUCAGAAACUGAAGUGGAAGACGACAAAGGAUGGUUGUCCCACGUUCUCCAGUUUGACGAAAAUGAAAAAGGUAGAAAAGUGAAAGAUGCAAACAUGCAGGACGAAGACACAUUUGAAAUAUAUGACCCGCGCAAUCCAGUCAAUAAGAGGAGAAGAGAGGAAAGCAAAAAGCUAAUGAAACAGAAAAAAGAAAGAAGAUAAAUUACAUAUUGCACGCAUUAAUUCCAUGUAACUGACCUAGCAUGGCUGCAUUUUUUUUUAUUGCUGUUAUUUCUUAAUUUGUCAUGACGUUCUGUUUUCAGUUUAGUCACAGCUAUGAAGAUUUUGAUUAAAGUGAUAUUUAAUUAUAA